CAUAGUGUUAGCAACAAAUAUAAGCAAUAAAGUUGGCGAUGGCAGCCUGUGUGCUAUGCUUCGACUGCUGCAAGACCGGCGAGUCGUACAAGAUAUUUUCCGAGGCCGGAUUGCGGCUCAAAAUUUGCAAAACAAUAAACAAACAUUUUUGGCUGGAGCUGAGCAACGCAGCGGGAGGCGAACGCGAGGAAAUUUGCCACCAAUGCUGGCAGGUCGUGAGCAACUUUAAUAAAUUAUACGAGCGAGUUUACAACUUGCACCAGGAGCGCCUCUGUGAUGUGAAGAACGUCACGAUUGAAUUCUGUGACGAGGCGGAGGCAGCGAAUCCUCUAGCCCUUGGCGGUGAACUGGAUGCACUCGCCGAGGAUUUCUUUGCGUCCGGCGAUGUCAAGGUGGAGGUGAACGAACUGGAGCCGCUGCCCAAGCUCGAAAUGCUCGAUGAGCCAGUGGUCGAGGAGCAGAGCAGGGCAUCCAAACGUACCAGUGCCGAGCGUUCAGCUGCUAAGAGGCGCAUCAAAAACGAACAGCUAACCAUCUCCAGUGACUCGGAUGGGGACAUUCCCUUAGCUGAGUUCCUUGAUCUUAAAACGACUGCAAAGCCAGGAGGAGUAGUAGCAGCAGCAUCGCCGCUCAUUGGACGACAGCUGCGAAGAAGCACUCGACGUGGUCGCCGAGAGAAAACCCCAUCGGAAUCGCCUUCAACCAGCUUGAAAAAGGAAUCGGAAUCUGAUGAUGCUGACCCUGAUGGUGAUGAUAAUAAUGAUAAUGAUCAGGAUAUGGACUUUGUGGCCGCAGAAGCAGUGCUAGGCACUGAGGACAGUGCCAGUUCCAGCGAGAGCAGCGACGGCGACUCUGGCGACAGUCUGCCUGAUGUCGAGCCGGAGGAGCGCUACGCAGAGAUACCCAAACGGGUUGUAGUCAAGCCCAAAAAGUAUCGAAAGCGUCCCAAACCGCUGGUCGCGCCGGUGCGCAUGAGUCGCGACGAUCUCGCCAAACGACGGGCGCAACAAAAGAAAUACGAUGAAAUUAUAUUUGAGUUUUUCAAGAAGCUGCCAUGUCACGUAUGCAAUCUGUUGGUGCCCAAUUUCGGAGACAUGCGUCGUCAUCUGCGCAUGUCCCACAACAUCGAAAGUGGCUUCAUUGCCUGCUGUGGUCGCAAGUUUCACAUACGCAGGGGUCUGGCCGAGCAUGUGCUGGUGCACAAUAACCCGGAGCACUUUAUGUGCGCCCCGUGCGGUCGCGUCUUUCAGGACUCCAAGACGUUGGAGGCGCACGAGCAAACGCACACGAAUCCCAUGGCAGAUGCGAAGGAUAAACGCAUUUACCCAUGCGACAAGUGUCCGAAAACCUUCACCACAAAGGCCGCCGUCGAGUAUCACAUUAUGUCCAAGCAUGUGCCCAAGUCGGACUUCAAGUACACCUGCCCCGAGUGCAAUAAGAAGCUGCCCACAGAGCGAAAGCUGAAGGAGCAUCGACGGUAUAUGCACGAUCCGGAGACGGCAAUCAUUUGCGACAAGUGCGGCAAAACGUUGCGUACCCAGGCCAAUCUUAAGAAACAUCACGAACUGGAGCAUUCCGAUGAGCCACGCCCGAAGCCGGAUCCCGUGCAGUGCGAGAUAUGCGGCACCUGGUUGCGCCAUUUAUCCGGCCUCAAGCAGCACAUGAAAACGGUGCACGAACCACCGUGUGGCGAGCAUCGCUGCCCCAUCUGCGACAAGACAUCAACUAACUCCCGAGCACUCAAGCGGCACAUUUACCACAAUCAUCAGUGCGAGAGAAAGUUUCGCUGCACCAUGUGCGAGAAGGCCUUCAAGAGGCCACAGGAUUUGAGAGAGCACACAUCGACACACACAGGCGAGGUGUUGUACACCUGUCCCAACUGUCCGCAGACGUUCUUCUCGAAUGCCAACAUGUACAAGCAUCGCCAGAGAUUGCAUCGCGCCGAAUGGGAAGCGGAUCGCAAGAAACCACUGCCACCCAACAUAAUGCAGCAGGCGGCCAUGAAGAAGCGACAGGGCAGCAAGGCUGCCGCACCAACGCUGUUCCCCCCAUCCGCAGAGACGCCAACUGCACCAGCUGCCCAAAAGCCGGAAUCGCAACAACAACCACAACAACAACUGCAUUAG